AAGUGUUGUCCUUGUUCCACUUCCUGCGGCGGCCAACAUGGCGGCUGACACAAACGAGAGUCAUUACUUUGUAAGGGAAAUAGAUAAAAACGACGGUUGUACGUUGAAGGUGCAGCAGUGCUACUUGGGAGAUGUUGGCUGUGUUGUUUGGGAUGCUGCUAUCGUUCUCUCUAAAUAUUUAGAGACGAAACAGUUUAACAGUCCGUCCUCAGGAGGGAACGUGUGGGCUGACAGCAGGGUGCUGGAGCUCGGAGCUGGGACUGGAGCUGUGGGUCUGAUGGCUGCAGCACUGGGAGCCCAAGUUACUGUGACAGAUCUGGAGGAUUUGCAGACCCUUCUAAGACGGAACAUCCAGGAAAACCAGGCACUUAUAAAGACCGGAUCAAUUACUGCCAAGGUACUGAAAUGGGGUGAAGAUGUGUCUGAGUUCCUGCCUCCCCCACAUUAUAUCCUCAUGGCAGACUGCAUCUAUUAUGAGCAGUCUAUUGUUCCUCUGGUGGAGACCUUGAAGUUGCUCUCUGGACCAGAAACCUGCAUUAUCUGCUGUUAUGAGCAACGCACAGAGGGCGUCAACCCAAAAGUGGAAAGGCAGUUUUUUGAGCUGCUUCAACAACACUUCACCUGUGAGGAGAUCCCUGCAGACAAGCAAGACCAAGAAUUUAGUUGUCCGGACAUCCACAUCCUGCAUAUCCGAAGAAAAGUUUGAGUUUGUGUGGAAACUUAUGAGGACAUACAGGGGUUCCACCAUAGGGGACAUGAAAAGAGUCCUACAGACAUUUUUUUACAAAACUUUAUGAUUAAAAUUUAAAAAUACAUAUCCAAAAAGAACACCAUUUGAGAGUCAUUUUUAAAUGGCUUAAACCUAGUUUUGGAUAAUGUCAGUACAUUUAUUGUUAUGGCAUUCUGACGGUAGAUGGCUUAUGUGGAAGCCCAGACAAGACAGGUUGUGUUCAUAUUUGAAAUUGAUUGAAAACUGAAAUGAAAUUGGACGCUGGGUGGUUCAGGAACUGAGGCCUUGACAAUCUUCUUUGGGAUUAUUUGAAUGUUGGGUAAGAAGAGUUGGUCUUGCAAAUGUUUGUCAACCUUAUGGUUUCUAUGUAAAUUACAGUGAAAGUCCAGAGUUCAUGGCUCAGUAAAGUGUAAGGAAACACAAACAUGAGCGACCGUUUUUGCAUAAGUAUGAAGCAGCACACCCUUCUUUACUCAUGUGGGUUUUCAGAGUUUAAUUCUAAAGGGUUGUAUUAACAGGAUCGCACAGUCGUAUUAAAAUCAAAUUUUUUAAGCACAUCCAUAACCUCAGAUCAGUCCUGAAAAAAUUGUGAAUGAGAUUUUUUAUGAUAUCAGUCCCUAUUUGUGGCACUAGGGGGCAGUAGUUGCUUACACUCCAAAAAAGGAGUCUAAAAAUGUGAGUAAAUGUUUAUGCUGGUAUUCAGAUUAGUAAUCUGAGGGUCAAGUUUGUUAUUUCAGGAGUAAGAUGUAUCCAUUAAUCUUGAGGACAUUGUUGUAAUAACAUUACAAACACACUACAUGGAGAGGGCUUGAACAAUAAAUCAUAUCUAAAGUUCCAAA